UUCUUUAUGUUGUUAAAUUGAGAAGAGAUGCGGAAGGCCAGAAUAAAGGACGCACAAAAGUUCUGAUACGUAAAUCAUGAGAAGGACACUUCAACUGUAAUGAAGACGCUUGAAACAUUGUAAGGAAGGCUGUGUGAGGUGUACAGUAUGUUGGAGCUUGAAGUUUAUCCAGAACAGUCACUGAGCUCAGAAAAAUGGGACUUUGUUUUAGGAAUGCACUUCAGUCAGGCUGUGGCGAUAAUACAGCACCAGGUCGGCACCAUUCGUGGUGUUCAGGUCCUUUACAGCGACACCACCUUGCUGGAGACUGAUCUCAUCUUGAACCUCUCCAAUGAUGGUAUUCAGUUGUACUUUGACCCCGUGUGUCAGAGGUUGAAGGUUAUUGAGGUGUUUAAUAUGAAGACAGUCAAACUAAAAUACUGUGGAAUAGCUUUUAAUUCGCCGGAGGUCGUCCCAAGCAUUGAACAAAUUGACCAUUCGUUUGGGGCCACUCAUCCUGGCAUCUAUGACUGGGAGCGCCAGAUUCUUGCGAUCAAUUUCCCUGGGCUCUCCUUCUUCUUCUCUGUAGACCAGAAAUACCAGCCGUGCCUCAACAAGGGCUUAGGUUCACUACAGUUCCCCAGCGGAGCCUCCCCAGUGGUGUCCAAGAUGCUCAUAUAUAGUGGAAACAACCCCAAUGACACCAGAGCACCGCCCUUGCCCUCUUCCUGUAUACACAACCUUAUACAUCUAGAGUCUCUGUUGGUUCUCAGAGACAUGGGCAAGACAAAGGGCCUGAAGCUCAACCUUUUCACUGAUGAUGGGAGGUCUCGCCACCAUGAAUCUCGUCAGACGUUCACUCGAAAUAUUCACUUUGGGGCUUCGUGUCAAGAAGUAGCAGUUGCUUUAGGGGCGCCAUCACGAAUUUUCUACAAAUCUGAAGACAAGAUGAAGAUUCACAAUGCCCAUGCCCGGAAAGCAACCACACGUUCUGAUUUCUUUUUCAACUAUUUUACUCUAGGACUGGACAUCCUCUUUGAUGCCAAAACUCAGCGUGCCAAGAAGUUUGUACUGCAUACCAACUUCCCUGGCCACUACAACUUCAACAUGUACCACCGAUGUGAGUUUGAACUCCCUCUUACGGUUCCACGUCAGCCCGAGGAUGCGACGCAGCUCAUCGACCUGCCCUCGACAAUCACGGUGCAGAGCGUAACACUGUGGGACACACUAGGGUCGAGGAUCAAGCCUCGAGGGCGGCCCGUUGUUCUUCACCGAUCCUCUUCUACCAAUACAUCUAAUCCUUUUGGCUCAACUUUUUGCCAUGCAUAUCAAGAUAUUAUUUUUGAGGUGAUGGCCAAUGGUCAUAUAGCAUCAGUAACUUUAUAUGAAAGUGAAGAGGCUGCAUAGUACUGGUUCUAGGAUGGUGGCAGCAUCUGUGGGAAUGUAGAACCAACCACACGAAACUAGAAGGCACUCUCUGUUAUCGUCUGAAGUAUCAUCCACUCUUUAACUCCUGUACAAGUAAAUUAUAUUCUGAUGGAAAAGUUUGACUUGGAAAAUGUGUUCUUGUAAGUGACAUGUUAUGCAUCAAUAGUCAAGAGAAAAUGAGGAGUUAGGUGAUGCUUGUUUAUGAAUAACACCUUUUGUGAUGUGAAUAUGCUGUGUUGGUGUUACAGUGGGCUGUGCUGUGUUAGGAUGGUGGGGUAACAGGGAGCUGUGCUAUGUGAGGAUUGAUAGCAGAAGUACUUCAGUUGAUAAAAAUAUGGAGGGUAAUGGAGAACUUGCAAAAAGUUUCCCUAACAUUCUUUAUAGCUGGUCACCAAUCCGUAUGCUCUCAACAUCUGGCCUAAGAUAAAUUAAGAAAUAUAUGGGAUGCCCAUUGGUCUUGAGGCUGAAGAUAGUGAGAAAAAUGUUGAAGUGAAGACUGUAUUGUGGUUCUUUAGUGUUUGGUACCUAUAGUGUUACCAGAAAAUAUGUAAUGGCAAAAUGUUAUGUGGCAAUUUUUAAUUGAAAAAAAAAAAGUUUUUAUUUGAAACAAUUUUUGUAUAGUUUCUCUAGUUAAUAUAAAGUUCUUGGUACUAAACAUUGUACAAGUUCAUUAUACCUUCUGAGUUUUACAGGAUCAGAAGACGAGGCUCAUAACUAGCAGAAGCCAUAUUUUGAUGUUGCUAAGCUUAUUUUAUAGUUAUCCAUUAUCUUAACAGUAAAACAGGCACAAAGACAAGUGUAAAUAUUUUAUUAGUCAUCUAUGUCAGUCAUGCUUGUCAGAGAAAAUCUAUUUUGCUGUUUUCUAUUUUAAUUUUCAAGAUUAUUACCAGUAAUUUAAUCUUUGGAGUUUUAAGGUUUUUACCAACAAGCAACACGAAAGAGGCCAUAUUUAAUUAUAAAAACGAAAGAAACAAUUGGAAUGAUAAGUUUUUACUUUUAUGAGAUUAAAAAAACAACAAGAAAUAUGUUAACAAAAGCUCUAGAUUACACACACACACAAACAACGAUCAGAGGAAUUUUCAAAGUAGAAGAGCCUGGAAAGUGGACCAGGUUUAAUGUGCCAACCUGGAGCCUGAAUUGUUAAAGAUUCAUACAUUAAAUUUUCCCCUUAAAUGAGACGAGAGGAUGCACCUAACUGGCUCUCCAAAGCUUCCGUACAGUACCAUAUUGGCAGCUAGGAUGGAGUCUGCCUUACAUAAAUACAUCCUCUUCCCUUUUUACGGGGGAAAUGUGUUGUCUGAAUCUUUGAGAGCAUUGACCUUGGGAGUAUUGCAGUAGUUUUAUGUAGACUUCUUCAGUUUUAUUGCCACUGAUAUAUUGUUAAUUGGUAAGUAAUGGGGAAAAAACAAUAUCACGGUGGUCUAUUUAGCUGCAUCAAGUCUGUUGUGUAAGCACCAAUCCUGACACACUCACUGAUGGAAUUUUUGUGUAGGAUGCAAAGAUGCAUUACAUUACGAGUUCUUGGUUUUGUUAUGGUUGGUCUGUCAUUGUUUGGAGAUGUAUAGUUUAGUUGUUUCCUUCAGUUUUUAUUAAUUUAAAGAUAAUGAACAUGAAAACAAGGUGGAGCAGUUAGGAUUUUUUUUGUUUUAACCAGAAUAGGAGUUUUGGUAAAGCUCAGAAUUUAGAAAUUUAAAUCAUUUAAAGAGUGUUCAGUGAUUCAGGUUAUGAGAAUCAUUAUGCCAAUUAUAGGCAUUAAUGCAAUAAGAUUGUGAAAGUUAUAGAACAAGUUAUAGGUGCUGACAAUGUGGUACAAGGUGAUGAAAGUUUAGGUAUGUGUCAUUCAAGUUCAAGUGUGGUUUACAGUUCAUAGUUUUGGGAAGGAUUUAACUUCAUAAAUCAGGAGACAGAGACUUAAUUAUUGGCGAAAUGGUUAACCUAACCUAACCAAGUACAGUACACAACUAUAGUCACAUGUAAACAACACCAACACUAGAAGUAUUUCAUAUUACGUAACUGUUUUGUACAUUGACUUUUAAGGUCAGUUUUUGUUUCCAACUGCUUACACUUUUAUAGAUUAAUGUAAAAUACUGUAAUGAGAUAACAAUAUACAGUGACUACAGAAAGGGAACAACAGUUCAAGAAUAUAUAACUUGAACUAACAAGGUCACAGAGAAAUUAUUUUUAAAGACCCAUUGAUUGUUAGGUCAGUUGGGUAGUGUUCGCUCAGAUAAGGAAAUAUCAUUUUCUCUCUGAUGGUGUUCCUCUCCUAAAUAUAACAAAAUUUUAAAUAUAUACAGACUAUCUUGUAUUGUUGUUGUUAGAUAACUACAGUACGUUGUUUUCUUUGUUUACCGUGUGUACGGAGUAAGAAUAUAUUGCAAUAUUUCAUACUGGUAAUCUGCAUUCAAAUUAUUACCCGUCAGCUUGGAUUAAAUCAGAAAUCUUCGUGUUCACCGAUAUACUCGAGCAACACUGCUUUAACAAGUUUAUAUAUAUUAUGAAAAGUGAAAUUAUAUUCUAUAUUUUUGUCAGGUAAUGAAGCAGUGAGUCAUCAGGAUGGUAGCUACAUUGACAUAGGGGUUGAAUUAAUGUAUUUGGCUUCAAGUAUUGUAACAUGUCUGUCCACUGAUUAAUUAUACCAGGUGUGUGAUGGUCAUGUGGGAUAUUUUAUUGCAUCAUUCAGUUGAUAAAUGUAAGAAAAUUGUUGGAGUGAGUUUUUGGACAGGAUAGGGGAACUUUUGAUGGCACAGGUCAGUCAAGAGAAAAAAUUCCCACUUACAAUUGUUUGUAUCCUUAGACAUACAGUUUAUGUAAACAAACAUAGAACAAAUGAUUUUGUAUUGCCAUCAUUGGGAGUAACAAGGAGCUUAGUGGAGUAAAGGGGAAAUGCCAUAAUAUUUACAGUUUCCAUGACAUGAAACUAACUUCAUAUAAGACAUGUUGUGGUGUUAAUGGAUAUGCAGAUCUAAAAUGAUGUGUAUUUCCUCUUGAAAUUUCCUCCGAUGUUGGUCACUUAGUUUCCAAUCAAGUCUUUCAAAUCUUUAUUGUUACUUGACAUAUACAUACAGUUCUUAUUAUAAGUCAUAAGGUAAGAUGUCAUAGACACAAUUUUGCCAAAAGUUCAGUUAAACUACUACAGCAGCGGUUAGUGGUGGGAUACUUGGAUUGAGAGAAAAGUAGUUAAAUUAGGUUGCUGGACAAGGUGGGUCCCAGUCUUAACAGGCCUCACUUUAACUUUAUCAUUAAGAAAGAGGUCCAGGAGGAGUGAAGUUAAUUAGGUUUGAGUUCCAUUAACAAUGGGUUCCUAAUAACUGGGGUUCCUUUAUGACUGGACCCUGCUCCUUUAGGAUAGGUUAUGUUGAGACCUAUAAGUCUGAAGCCUAUUAACCAGUCUCCACAAAGUCUUGAGUAGUCCAUCACUAACUGAGAGAGUAAGUGUCCUAGGUAGAUAGGUACCUAGGCACAUAAGUUUCCAGGCUGUUGGCAGUUUAUGACCCAAGUGCUUUAAUGAACUAACAUUCUAAACUUCCACUUGAUAAUUGCUUUGUUGCUGGAAAUGCAAUAAGGCUUUCAAUAGUGCUUGACUGACUGAGCUGAUUAAUAUACAAGAUGCUGAACAGUUAGGAUGUAAGUCUUUAACAGUGUGAGUGAUUUAAGUUGUUUAUUUACCUCGAUUUUAGUUCAAUUUAAUGUAAAUUAAUUUUUUUUCAUAAAAACAGAACUUUAAAAAAUAUUGAAAAUAUAUAAGAUACUGUAUUUCAGUACUGUACCAAAAACAUAAUGUAUGGCAAGUUAUACAAUGAAAGCAAUUGUGUAUUCAAAUAUUUUUUAAUUGAAUGAAACCUGAGAAAAUCUUCAUUUUAAGGACAUUACUUGUAUUUUGUUUGUAGAGCGUAUCUUCCUAUUAUGUUAAGUAGCCAAAAUAUUGCCAGAAUCUCAUGAUAACAAUUUCAAGUACUGCAUUGUAUUGGUACUUUUGCUUGAACAGUUUAUUUAUACUCUAUCUGUGUAUUGCACUAGCUAACUUGCUCAGACAGUGACACAGGAAUCUCUAUAAACAGUUUGGUAUUAGCUACUGCAAAUAAAUGGGCUUAUAGUGAUCACUAUUGGCUAUUUUUUUUAUGAAUGACUAAAGUAAGUACUGUAGCAUAAUUGCUUAUAAUGGCCUUUUUGUGUACAUAUACAGUAAUGUUUUUUUUUUUUU